CAUUAGACUUCCUUGGUAUACACCACACCUUUACUUCAUGACAACAGUGUUACACUCAUAAAGACUCGUGAUUGAUCUACUUUAUAAACUCACUGGAAGCUCAGAAUGAAGAUCUACUAUGUUGUGUACAUCUGGAUGUUUCUGACAGAAACUAGAGUUUCAUGUACAGAUGGGAUUAGAAUAAAUGGAUACAUUGGAAAAAAUGCCAUCUUUUCAUGUCCACAUAGCUGGGCUUCAACCAACAGAAAGUAUUUCUGCAGAGAUCCAUGUAAUGGUGGAGAUAUUCUGGUAUCAUCUGAUCGGUCACCUGACAGGAGAUUUGCACUGAAGGAUUAUGGGACAGGAACGUUCACAAUAAACAUCACUGAUCUAGUGGAGUCAGACUCUGGGAUUUACUGGUGUGGAGUGAGCAGAUUUGGUAAAGACACAUAUUACAAGGUCAAUCUGAGAGUAUUUAAAGCCAUUACAACAACUUCAACUGUAUUAGACACAACGCAUCCAUUUUCAACACCACAACCAGAAGCUCAAUUUUCCACAUCAAGCAGAACCUCCAGAUUCUCAACCCCUGAUGAUAUCACAACCUCAUCCUCAAUGACAGGCACACCGAACAGCAAACAGAUCAAAUCUAAGAAGUUGAAGCCUAAAGUCUCUGAGAAUUUAAUGCUCAACACAGGCCAGGCAGAUGACAUCUAUCAAAAUCUUUGA